AUGGACGUUAACAUGAAGAACUGGCUGUGGAAGGCAGUCCGCAUCAUCUGUCCGGUAUUCCGACUCGACGGCAACAACUGGAAGUUCAAGGAUCUUCUCAAGGACCUCUACUCCCGCUUUCACCGCUCGAACUGCCAGCCACAUAACCAAUGGGCAAAGAAGCAUGUACGCGCAGCAAGUGCGGAGCCACGUCCCUCCCAAAAGCGAGCCAAAACCUCUGCGCCUACCGACGAUGAUGGCGGGUCAACAGGCAACAGUACCAAUGACGACAUCGGGACGACGGGUGAAGGUACUACCAUCAACAGCGUCAGGACAACAGGUGAAGGUGCCGACAGCAACACGGGGAGCGCGGGCGAAGGUGCCAACAGUGACGCAAGGGCUGGCGAAGGUGCCGAUAGUGAUGCGGGGAGGGCAGGCAAAGGUGUAGUUCAUGGCGAGUCCGAGGCUGCUAAUGGAGAGAUGUUGGACUCUCAGCAAACCUCUGAGCAGUGCAAUAGUCCUGAAAGACAGGCAAACUCCGAGACGCACAGCAGGGAUAUGGAGCAGGAGGAGGAGCCAGGGGAGAUGACUCGUAUUGUAGACCCACUCGCUACGGCCUUUGUGAGACACGAAAGCAUCACCUUGAAUAGGCUGGAGACCAGCCAUGCCCCUGCUGCCAUCAAUCCCAACCUCUUGAAUCUGUCCGAGGCCCCUUUGUCCUUGACCUCCAUGCCUGCCGAGAACCAAGGAUUGCCACCAGGUGCUACCGAGUCCGAAAACUCAGGCGAGCAUGCUGCGUCCGGUCAGGGCAGCCAAGGGGACGGGGAGGAGCACGUCGGGACUACCGUGUUGGUGUCACAGAGCUCGCCUGCAACCGGUCGCAAAAAGAGCAAGUUUGUGGUGCCUCAGACCAUAAAUGCAAAAUGGAUGUGCAUUCGUGCUUGGAUUGCCGAAGAUUCUGGUGACCGUGCUGGUUGCUCUCAGGCAUACUACGAUAAGUACUGGGAAUCCGUCGAGGACAAGGAGAAUUGGCAGAAACAGGCUGCCGAAGCAGCAAAACAGGCGGGGGUCCAUCCUUGUCGCAAGGCUUGUACUAGGUCCAAGAGGAACGUACAAGCUUGA